GAAAAUCUGGGGUAUACUGCGACCACAACGAUCACAUGGUAUAUAUCCCACACUUUCCUUCAUUUCACCCCAACUCUCUUUUUCUCUCAAUUGGAAAACCAAAGAAACGAUGCAGCAUGAGCGAGCGGAAGGUUCUUCUCACCACAACGAGGCAUCUCCAUCUCCCAGCUUCAGCAGCUACUCCUCGGAGACGCUGGCGGAGAUCGCCGCCAGGGUGAUCGAGGAGCUCCGCCGCGACCCCCAUUCGGCCGCCGACGACGAAGCGCUCUUCCCGCCAUGGGAAAACGAGGAGCCGCCACAAGAAAACGAGGACUUCGAGUUCGCCUUCGUUUCCAGAGACCUGGCCUCGCCCGUAUCCGCCGACGACAUUUUCCUCAACGGCCAGAUCAGGCCCAUGUACCCAAUCUUCGGCUUCCCCUCAAACGCCGCCGUUUCGGGAGUGCCCAGCGCCAGCCACAGCCCCGAGAGACAACGUCGUCUGCCUCUCAGAAAACUAAUGUUCGAGGAGGGCGAAACGGCCUCCUGCUCCUCGUCAACGGACGACAGCCUUGACCUGGAGGGGGAAGCCGCCUACUGCGUCUGGACCCCCAAUUCCGUUGGGAGGGAACGGAAAAAGAGCAACUCCACGGGGUCCGCUUCCAAACGCUGGAAGCUUCGAGAUUUGCUUCUCAGGAGCCACAGUCAGGGCAAGAACAAACAACAACAACAACAACAUCAUGUGCCGUUUCAGAACGGAACGGAACACGGACGAGAACAGAACAAGAGAAACUCCUUCUUGCCUUACAGGCCCGAGUUAGUUGGACUUUUCGCUAAUGUCAAUGGCCUUGGUCGGAAUUUGCGUCCCUUUUGAUUUUUCAACCUUAAUCAUACAUUAAUUAUACUUUUUAUUCUUUUUUUUUUUUUUUAAAAAAAUUAAAUUCCAUCUCCUGCUUUAUUAGUUCCAUUUCGUGUUUUUCUUUGCCUUACGGGUGUAUUGUAAUUAAAGCGGAUGAGAUGUAUUAAUUCUUCUUCUUCUUUUUUUCUGUAAAUUCUGUGCAAAUUUUAAGGUUUUUUUUUCACCUGUCGUUCAGAUGUGAAGAUUUGUUCUACUAGUGAUGAGUUUUUCAAGUUUGUUGUAAUAUUUGACAUGGUAUGUUAGUGGAAUUUGUAUA